GAGCUCUCUUCCUCUAUCUCUGUCGGCACGCACGCGCGCGAGCUCUCCUUCCUCGUCCAGGUGCAUUGAUGGCGACCGAAGUGGCUGACGCUCCGGUGCCGCUGGCGGAGGCGGCCCCCGACGCCGCCGCGGAGGCCCCGGCUGCGGCCGCCGGCGACGCGAAGCCGGCCAAGGCCAAGAAGGCCGCCGCGCCGCGGAAGCGCGCGAACCCGACCCACCCGCCGUACGCCGAGAUGGUCUCGGACGCGAUCACGUCGCUCAAGGAGAGGACGGGGUCGAGCCAGUACGCGAUCGCCAAGUUCCUGGAGGACAAGCACAAGGACAAGCUGCCACCCAACUUCCGCAAGCUGCUGCUCGUGCAGCUGAAGAAGCUCGUCGCCGCCGGCAAGCUCACCAAGGUCAAGAACUCCUUCAAGCUGCCGUCGGGGCGCGCCCCGGCCGCGGACAAGCCCAAGCCAAAGCCCAAGGCUAAGCCUGCCGCCGCCAAGCCCAAGUCGAAGCCGAAGCCCGCCGCGAAGAAGCCCAAGGCCGCCGCCAAGCCCAAGGCCAAGGCGCCCGCCAAGGCGAAGCCCGCCGCGAAGCCGAAGGCAGCCGCCAAGCCCGCGGCCAAGCCGAAGGCAGUCGCUGCGAAGCCGAAGCCAGCCGCCAAGCCGGCUGCCAAGCCGAGGCCGGCCGCCAAGCCUAAGGCCAAGCCGGCCGCGAAGCCAAAACCAAAGGCGGCUGCUGCCAAGCCCAAGCCCGCGGCGAAGACAAAGGCCCCAGCCACCCCGUCCCGGACGACCCGCCCCGCCAAGGCCGCCAAGACGUCGGCCAAGGACACUCCGGGGAAGAAGGCGGCUCCGGCGGCCAAGAAGCCCGCGGCGGCAGCGAAGAAGUCCCCCGCCAAGAAGCCCGCGCCGGCGAAGAAGGCGGCGGCCCCGGCGAGGAAGGUGCCGGCCCGGAAGGCGAAGAAGUAGAGCGGUCGGCGUCAGAGGAAUCUAGGCUUUCAUUCUCGUUUGGUUCUUUUUUCUCUCUCUUGUAAUCGAGGGGGUGUCAGGGGUACUAGCUUGUAAAUUUGAUAUGGAGGCGGGGGUACAGUGGCCAUUCCGUACCCGUGGUGAAAAGACGGAGGCGACGAUGACGACGACGAGUUUGUUAGGGGCUGUAUUUUUCUGUAGCUGAUAUGGGUGUUGAGGUCCGCAUUGUGUUGUUAAAGUUUAUUAUGUGGUGAUGAUAGUAUUUUGUCGAGAAUUACCUUGCUAAUCUGCUAUACUGGUGCAGCUGUUUGGCUUCUGCCAUGAUCUGAUCUGAAUCCCAGAUCUGAAAUAGAAUGAUCUGGU